UCCGGGUCGGUGGUGGUGGGAGGCAGUUCAGUUCGGGGGAUGGUGGGCCGGCUGCGUCGCUCGCCUCGGCUCAGUUCGGCUCGGCUCGGCUCGGCUCGACUCGUCUUCUCCCGUGUGUCGUUCUCGUGCCGCUGUCGCACUUUGCGGCUGUGCUCGUUGCUCGCGCGGAGGUGAGGAGCGACCGCUGCCGUCGCGAGCCGCUGCUUUCUGCCGUUCGGUAAACACGAGCCGCUGAUAAGAGCCGCAGACUGGAGAUGAUUUCGCAGCGUUCGGCGGGUAAACACAAGGCCCGUCGCUCCACAGCGUCUCCGGAGACGGUCCGGGAGCUAUUGUGAAAAGCAGGCUGAGGAGAAACUACGAUGGCAGAACAAGACGCCUGUCCUCACCUGGACUCAAUAGGAGAGGUGACCAAGGAGGACCUCAUCCAGAAGUCCAAGGGUACGUGCCAGUCGUGUGGAGCUGGGGGACCAAACCUGUGGGCCUGUCUGCAGAAUGACUGCCCCUAUGUUGGUUGUGGAGAGUCUUACUCUGAUCACAGCACCCUGCAUGCACAGGCUAAGAAGCACAACCUGACGGUGAACCUGACCACGUUCAGGAUCUGGUGUUACGUAUGUGAGCGGGAAGUGUUUCUGGAGCACAGGCCUGCCCUGGUGCCUGUGCCUGCUGCUCCACACCACUGUAAAGCUACAGAACAGGAAGCCGCUCCGCAGCCAGUGGGUCACCCACUGAAAGCCGUGCCCAUUGCUGUGGCGGAAGAAGAAGGCUCCGAAUCGGAGGAGGAUGAGCUGAAACCCAGAGGUUUGACGGGCAUGAAAAACAUUGGAAACUCCUGCUACAUGAACGCAGCGCUUCAAGCGCUGUCCAACUGUCCUCCUCUCACUCAGUUCUUCCUGGACUGCAGUGGCUUGGUUCGAACCGAUAAGAAGCCCGCUCUGUGUAAAAGCUACCAGAAACUCAUCUCAGAGCUUUGGCACAAAAAACGGCCCAGCUAUGUCGUCCCUACCAGCCUCUCCCACGGCAUCAAACUAGUAAACCCCAUGUUUCGUGGUUACGCUCAGCAGGACACUCAGGAGUUCCUGCGCUGCCUGAUGGACCAGUUGCACGAGGAGCUGAAGGAGCCGCUGACCGAGUGCAACAUGAGCGGCGAGGGCAGCGACGGCGAGGAGAGACGGGACGGGGACCGCUCCCCGUCCGAGGACGAGUUCCUGUCCUGCGACUCGGGCUCCAGCAGCGACCGCGGGGAGGGCGGGGGGGGCGGGCGACGGCGAGCUGCCGGUGCAGGACGAGUGCGACGGGGUCGGCCGGUCGCCCCCGGCCGGACCGGCGGCGGGCGCCGGCACCCCGGCGUGAUCUCGGAGAAGGAGAGGCUGAAGGAGAGGAGGGUGUCCGGCUCCCCUCUGCGCGGAGGCUCGCAGGAGAUGGACGAGGACGCCGACGUGGACACGGCGGCCGAGGAGGGGGCUCCCGAGAGGGCGGAGGAAGAGGAGGAGGCCGCACCGUCUGAAAACGCCGAGGUCCAAACUCCAGAAAACAAUCAGACACCGGACAAUGAGGCGUCCAUGACUCAGCCUCAGUCCACUCCCUGCAGUCCUGUUCGAACCCUCCAGGAGCUGCAUCCCAAACUGUCCUCCAGCCCGCCGCGCUCCAGCCCCCUGCGCUCGGCAGGACCGGCGUACUCCUUCAAAAAAGCUCAGCUGCUGCUCAGCGCCAGGAAGAAGAAGCAGUCGCACUAUCGCAGCGUGAUCUCGGACAUCUUCGACGGCUCCAUCCUCAGCCUGGUCCAGUGUCUAACCUGCGACAGGGUCUCUACGACUGGAACCUUCCAAGACUUGUCCCUCCCAAUCCCCGGAAAAGAGGACUUAGCAAAGCUUCACUCGUCCAUCCAUCAGAACCUGCCGGUGAAGACCGGCGUGUGUCCCGACAGCUACGGCUCGCAGGGCUGGAUCUCCUACAUCAUGGACUCCAUACGCCGGUUCGUGGUGUCGUGUAUUCGCUGGUUUGGGGGCCCAUGGUCACACUGGGAGGACUGCCUCGCAGCCUUUUUUGCUGCCGAUGAACUCAAAGGGGACAACAUGUACAGCUGUGAACGGUGUAAAAAGUUGAGAAAUGGUGUCAAAUACUGCAAAGUGCUGAAACUUCCAGAGAUUCUCUGCAUUCACCUGAAGCGUUUCCGGCACGAGGUCAUGUAUUCGUUCAAGAUCAGCAGCCACGUGUCCUUCCCGCUGGAGGGCCUCGACAUGAGACCCUUCCUGGCCAAAGAGAGUCCAUCCCAGGUCACCACUUACGACCUGCUGUCAGUCAUUUGCCACCACGGCACGGCAGGAAGUGGACACUACAUAGCGUACUGUCAGAAUGUGAUCAACGGCCAGUGGUAUGAGUUCGACGACCAGUACGUGACUGAAGUCCACGAAACGGUGGUGCAGAACGCGGAGGCCUACGUCUUGUUUUAUAGGAAGAGCAGCGAGGAGUCGGUGAGGGAGCGGCAGAAGGUGGUGGCUCUGGCCAACAUGAAGGAGCCCAGCCUGCUGCAGUUCUACAUCUCCAGGGAGUGGCUGAACAAGUUCAACACCUUCGCCGAGCCGGGUCCCAUCAGCAAUCACACUUUCCUCUGUCAGCACGGAGGGAUCCCUCCGAAUAAGUACCACUACAUAGACGACCUGGUGGUGAUUGUUCCGCAGAACGUGUGGGAGUACCUUUACAACAGUUUUGGCGGCGGCCCGGCCGUCAACCACCUGUACAUGUGCGCCAUCUGUCAGGUGGAGAUCGAAGCUCUGGCCAAGCGCAGAAAAAUGGAAAAUAGACACCUUAUUAAGCUAAACAAAGAGUUCCAGGCUGAGGAGGCUCCGACGGUGAUCCUGUGCAUCAGCAUGCAGUGGUUCAGAGAGUGGGAGAGCUUCGUCAAGGGCAAAGACAACGAGCCGCCCGGCCCCAUCGACAACAAAAUAGGCGUGAUGAAAGGAGGACACGUCCAGCUGAAGCAAGGCGCAGACUACGGUCAGAUCUCGGAGGAAACAUGGCAGUACUUGUUGGGGAUUUAUGGCGGAGGCCCUGAAAUCGCAGUGAGGCAGACGGUGGCCCCCGCCGACCCCGACAGCCUUCACGGAGAGCGGAAGAUUGAGGCAGAGACGAGAGCACUCUGAGACUACAAGAGGUCCUCCGACCGCCUCGUCCACUGUCCACGCUCCGGCCCUCGCGGCAGGCUGAGGAAUUGCACCUUGGUGAAGAAGCCCCAACGUGAGCACUUUGUAAAUGUAGCAGCGCUUUAAUUUCCAGCCGUGUUCCAAGAGGAGCGACUUAAUAAUGUCUAGUUUAUUUACGGGAUCACUCUGACGCUCAGUGUUAUUAGAAAAACAAAAGCGCGCCCGGAUGCCGUCUGCAGCUGUUGAACGCCGCUCGCGGGCGCAGAGCUCUUCUGUUUACCCGCUGCCAUAGCAACAAGGUCCCACACAGCGCGAGAGAUCCCAGACACAUCCAAGCCCUCUGCGCCGCCGACCUUAAGCACGGCGCGCAGCGAGCCCUCAGGAAUGGACGACGCGACGCGUGUUUUCACGGGCCGUCGUGGAGAUCCGGGCGGGUUUGUUUUCACGUGCAUGAGCGCGAUCCCCGGGGAUCCUCUGCACGGUCGGGACUGCAUGCAGC